AUGUAUACACCUUCUGUAUGGUCUCCUAAUGGCUGGACUUGGGCAAAAGAAACAAUUCCCCCUCAUAAGCUUAGAAGAUCGAUAGAAAUUACAAGAUAACCCAUUUUCUCAGCUAUUUCCCUAUAAAAAUCUAUUUUUUCCUUAUAAAUUAGCUACUUUCCAAUCAAUUUCCUUAACUAUUAAUUAUAAAAAGAUAUACAAUAACUCCAAUAGCAUUACGAAUGAAUUUAAAACAAUUGUCCCUAACAGAUGAGAAGAAAACGGAUGAAGAUAUGACGAAUCCAGCAUAAAUUACUUAAAAAAGCACAGAAGUUCUUCAAUCACAAGAACCACGCUUCCUCAAAUAGGCGAAUUCAUUACAACAAACCAAAAAUUUUUUUCAAAAUCUCCCCAUAAGAAAGAAAAAUUAUUUACUAAUUUUUCGCCAAAAAAGAGGCAAGUGACAUUAGGCGGAGUUUUAGGAAAUUUCAUCAAUUAA